GGAACAGCGACCCAUUAUCUUUGGCCUGUUCGAUACCCGCCGCUAUUCUAUAAUCAUUUUUCUUUCUUUUUUUUUUUAGUUUUAACCCUCAUCUUCUUCCCUUUCAGAAGGCGAUUGUCGGAGGGGAAGAGAGAGAAAGGAUAAAGAAGGGGAUGGAUCAGUCGGUGGUGGCAUGGAGGAAGAUCAAGAGGCUUUCAAUUCAUUAUUUUUACCGGCUAUGGAUUCGUUAAAAUUGAGAGCUGGGAUUUUUCAUCGACGACACCAGAUGUCCAAGCAGGAAUUAGGGAGGAUAUAUUGACUUGCGCUGAGGAUGAACAAGAAACUGGCUGUGAGAUGGGUAUAGCGCCGCCGCCGCCGCAGCCGCCAUCUAAUUUCGCUCGAAAUUUUAUAUCUAUGUCCCAAGGCAUCUUCCAUGCACCAAGGAAACAUCUUCAGCUUCUCCUCCGAUGAACAACAGUUCGAAAGGGAGCAGCAGAACGUGGAGCGGCAAAAUAGGCGAUCAGAGAAGCUGAGAGUACAAACUGGCUUCGAUGCUGCUGCUGCGAUUGCGGCCGGUCAUUCUUUGGUGGCUAUAGAGGAGGAGGAGGAGGAGGAGGAAGGCAGCAUCUACGGGGCUCCCGUGGCUGCAGGACCCACCAACAACAUGUUGUCGGAGAUGUUCAAUUAUGCCGGCCAUGCCGACGUUCUUGCUGCUUCUGGUCAUGAGAGCAGUAAUCCAUCAGCUGGUGGCUACCAUCGCCUGAUCCAGCACAUCAGGCCCGACUUUUAUGGGGGCAGCAACAGACCCCACGGACAGGUGAUGAGCAGCAGUGUCGCGGCUAAUAUUGUAAACACUAGUAAUUGGAGCUCCUCAGUUAUCCAUGAAGAUGCAGCGGCUUUGGUGGUUAAGCAGCAUGGAAUGAACCCAGCUGCUGAUUCCUCCUCCUCCUCCUCUUCAACGGCUAUGCGACUCUUCUUCAUGAACCAGCCGCAGGCUUCUCCCGAUCAUCCGCAUCAGUUGCUUCAUCAUCAUCACGACGUCCAAAGCCAGGCUUUCUUGGGAGGCGGCGCCGGUGCCGCGAUAUUCGGAGAAGGCAUGAGUUUUGGAGGGGGAGGGGGGAUGAGGGAAAGCCAAUCAGGGCCCUUGCUUUCGCUAUCUUCGUCGCUGCAGCAGUUGGAGAUGAGAAAAGCGGAUGAGAUGAGAGGGGUUCGAUCACAGGGAUCUGCAGCUGCCUUCUUAUACUACAACAGCCAACGGCAGGAAACCUACAACAGCCAACGGCAGCAAGAGCAGCAGCUGCACCCGGCAAGUAUUCAGCAGCCGCCGCCGCCGACAGCUAUGUUGCAGUCGCAAGCCAGUCAUCAAAGUCAGUUUGAGCACUUACAUAUGUCGUCAUCGAGCUUCGGAUCGAUGAGCGCAGCGAACGUUCUAAGGAAUUCCAAGUACUCUCGGGCAGCGCAGGAGCUGCUGGAGGAGUUUUGCAGCGUAAGUAGGGGCCACGUUAGAGGAAAUACAACUGGCAUCAGGACCUCAUUUGUUAAUCCAACCAACCAUAGCCACGGCGGCGGUGGUGGCGCCUCCAGCACUGCCCUGCCCGCAGCAGCCUCAUCCUCCUCUUCCAAGGACGUACCGCCCUUGUCUCCGGCCGAUCGCUUCGAGAACCAGAGAAAGAAAUCAAAACUCCUAUCCAUGCUUGACGAGGUGGAGAGGAGAUACAACCACUAUUGCGAGCAGAUGCAAAUGGUGGUGAACUCCUUUGAUUCGUUAAUGGGUUUCGGCGCUGCAAUGCCAUACACAGCACUUGCGAGGAAGGCUAUGUCGAGGCAUUUCAGAUGCCUCAAAGAUGCCAUCGCUGCUCAGCUGAGGCGGACCUGCGAGCUUCUUCGUGACAAUGACGGUUCAGGGCUCACAAAAGGGGAUACGCCGAAGCUAAGGCUGAUUGAUCAGAAUCUGAGGCAACAGAAAGCUUUUCAUCAGAUGGGAAUGAUGGAGCAGGAGGCCUGGAGACCUCAGCGAGGAUUGCCUGACAGAUCCGUCACCAUACUCAGAUCAUGGCUUUUUGAGCACUUUCUUCACCCGUACCCUAGCGAUGCUGAUAAGCACUUGUUGGCGAGGAAGACCGGUUUAUCCAGAAAUCAGGUCUCCAACUGGUUCAUAAAUGCCAGAGUCCGGCUGUGGAAACCUAUGGUAGAAGACAUGUAUCAACAAGAAGCAAAGGAGGAGGAGGAUUCCCGGGUCAAUCCAGAUCACGAAACAAACAUGACCCCCCACAGAGUACUAUUGGCCGCAGCAACCACAGCGCAGCAGCGGCAUCUGCCUCACACUACCGAAUCCGAAGCCCAAACUAAUCAUGAUCAACCUCCUCCGCCACCUCACGACCUCUCCGCUUCCACUAAUUCCCUCAUCUUUCCUCCUCCUGCACUAGACGAUGAAAUGUAUCGCCGGGCAGCAGCCGUCGCCGCAGCAAGGACGGGGGACUUGUCCCUCACAUUGGGUCUCCGCCAUGCCGGAGGAAACGCACCGGACACGGCGGGCCGCUUCGGUCUUUGAUCACAACAACGCCGUCUAUGUUUAAUUACUUAUACCUUCCUUUAUUAUUAAACACCCUUUUAUAUUUUGUACAAGAAAAUAUAAGGUGGGGGGUAAACGGUAAAGAAAGAAAUGGAGCCAUGGAAGAGGAGGAGAAGGCGAGUACAUUGAGGUGGAGUGUUUUUUGUUAACAUACAUUUAUGUUUUAUAGCUCGAUUAUUUCUAAGUUCUGACACUUUAAGAUUGAAUUUUAAUACAGACUAAUCAAUAAAUUAUUUUC